UUAAGGUCAUUCCCUCCAUUUAAAUCCUUCCCCUGCGUUGCCUCGUCGCACCACUGCAUCUCUCUCUUUGUUCCUACCUCGAUCUGUUUCGGGAUAGAGAAGCCAAUCAGCAGAAGUAGAAGGAUGGUGAGAUUGCCGUACCUGAUCGCGCUCUCCACCCUCUUCAGCUACGGCCUCCUCUUCGCCUUCGGCCAGAUGCGGGAUUUCUUUCGGAAGCUCAUCGACUGGUCCAAAUCCACGUCCGAAGACCUCAAGGGAUAUGCGCCCAUCUGCUUAGGGCUGGAAGAUUUUUACACUCGACGGCUGUAUCUUCGGAUUCAGGAUUGCUUCAGCCGACCAAUUGCAAGUGCACCAGAUGCUUGGUUUGAUGUGGUUGAGCGUUACUCCAAUGACAAUAACAAGACACUUCAUCGGACAUCAAAUACUACUAAGUGCUUAAAUCUUGGAUCAUACAACUAUCUUGGAUUUGCAGCAGCAGAUGAGUACUGUACACCUCGUGUUAUUGAAUCUCUGAAGAAAUACUCACCCAGUACUUGUAGUGCUCGUAUUGAUGGUGGGACAACAAACCUACACACUGAACUGGAAGAGCUAGUUGCAAGAUUUGUGGGCAAACCAGAUGCCAUACUUUUUGGAAUGGGCUAUGUAACAAACUCUGCAAUCAUCCCUGCUCUUCUAGGAAACGGAGGAUUGAUAAUUAGUGAUUCUUUGAAUCAUAACUCUAUUGUCAAUGGUGCCCGAGGAUCUAGUGCAUCAGUACGUGUUUUCCAGCAUAAUAGCCCCUCACAUUUGGAAGAGGUGCUAAGAGAGCAGAUAGCUGAGGGACAGCCACGCACACAUAGACCAUGGAAAAAGAUAAUUGUUAUUGUUGAGGGCAUCUACAGCAUGGAAGGAGAGCUCUGCAAACUUCCUGAAAUCAUUGCAGUGUGCAAAAAAUACAAGGCAUACACAUACUUGGAUGAAGCCCAUAGUAUUGGUGCUGUUGGAAAAUCAGGCAGAGGUGUUUGCGAACUCCUAGGAGUGGAUACAGAUGAUGUGGAUAUAAUGAUGGGAACAUUUACAAAAUCCUUUGGAUCCUGUGGGGGCUACAUUGCAGCAUCAAAGGAAAUCAUCCAGUACCUUAAGCACACUUGUGCUGCUCAUCUCUAUGCCACUUCUAUGUCACCCCCUGCUGUGCAGCAAGUUAUCUCUGCAAUUAAGGUUAUCCUUGGAGAAGACGGUUCAAGUAGAGGUGCACAGAAACUUGCUCGUGUUCGAGAAAAUAGCAACUUCUUUAGGUCAGAACUCCAGAAAAUGGGAUUUGAAGUGCUUGGCGAUAAUGAUUCUCCAGUCAUGCCAAUAAUGCUUUACAAUCCUGCAAAAAUCCCAGCCUUUUCAAGGGAGUGUCUUCGUCAGGAAGUAGCAGUGGUGACAGUUGCAUUCCCUGCAACACCUCUUCUUCUUGCAAGAGCUCGAAUCUGUAUAUCUUCCUCACACUCUAGAGAAGACCUGAUGAAAGGUCUGGAGGUCAUUAGCAAAGUGGGCGAUCUUGUGGGCAUCAAAUACUUCCCUGCAGAGCCACCUAAAUGUGUUGAACAGGACGAGAAGGUCUUGUAGUUGAAAAGAAAGCUGUUGAUCCACUGGAAACAUUGGGGGAAUACAACCACGUCUUUUGUCCUCUUUGAAAUGGGCUUAUUUCGAAUAAAACAAAAAGUGGGUCGAUUCCACAGGCUGUUUGUAGGUGUUCUCUGUGCAUUCUUCAUUUGACACAGCCUUUUCAAUGCCAACAUUACUUUCAUGCAUAGUGAGUGUUUAGAGUGUUUCUUACUGCUUUGUCCAUCAUCUUAGUGUUUGUUUGUUGUAAGAACAUUACAGUCCCUCUAAAUGUACUAUCAUGAAUUCUAUUGAGUCACAUUGUAUAGGAUUUUGAAUUUUUUGUGUUUUCCUGUAGGAUAUUAUCCUUUUACGUGGGCUUAUUUGUAAGUUGUGCAUAUAAAUACAAACCAA